AUGAACCUUGAAGAGUAUUUUGCAAGAACUGGCUAUAAAGGUUCCACUGAAAAACAAGAUUUGGAAACCUUAACUGAUAUAUUCCAGCACCACAUCCGUGCUGUUCCCUUCGAAAACCUCAGCAUCCAUUGUGGGGAGAAAAUCACUUUGGAGUUGGAGCAGGUUUAUAACAAGAUCGUGCGGAGGAAGCGGGGUGGCUGGUGCAUGGAAAACAACCAGCUGCUGGGCUGGGUGCUGAGACGCCUGGGCUACGAUGCCAGCUUUCUGGGAGCUUAUGUGUUCAACCCACACCAAAAUGCCUAUGCCACCAUCAUGACCCAUCUCCUUGUAAAGGUGGUUAUUGACGGCAAACCCUAUAUUGUUGACGGAGGCUUUGGUGUAUCCUAUCAGAUGUGGCAACCGAUGGAGCUCGUGUCAGGGAAAGACCAGCCCCAGGCUCCCGGCGUCUUCCGUUUCACAGAAAAAAAUGCCAUCUGGUACCUGGAGAAAAUGAGACGCAAACAGUACAUCCCCAACCAGCACUUCUCCAAUUCUGAUCUUCUGGAGAAAAAAGACUGUCGGAAAGUUUAUAUGUUCAGUCUUGAGCCACGGACAGUGGAAGACUUCUGUUUCCAGUGCACACACCUUCAGACCUCCCCAGAUUCCCUCUUCACAAAGAAGUCCAUCUGUACCCUCCAGACCACUGAUGGUUUUCGGGCCCUAAUUGGGUGGACACUCACUGAGACCACAUACAACUACAAGGAAAAUAUGGAUCUGGUGGAAUUCAUAACUCUGGAGGAUGAAGAGGUGGAAAAAACACUCAAAGAGAAAUUCAACAUAACCCUAGAUAGAAAACUUGUCCCAAUUAACAUCAAAGGAUUUUACACAAUCUAG